GCCAUUUACCAAGCAAAGCACGGAUGAAUAAACUUGUAAACGUGUUGAUUUACUUUGUACAGUACAAGAUUUAGCUUACCAAAAGCCACCAAACUGUACAAAAUGGGAGUUUGGAGAUACCGUGUACAGUGGAUUGCGGAGAUAUAAAAUAACGGUACAGUGGAUAGUAGAGAUAUAAAGAACAGAGGAGUAAGAAUUUUGAAUAACAGCACAGGUCAAAUAAUGGGAGGAUCUGGACAGUUUGCACGGAAUGUUUGGGAGAGAAUGAAACACAAAAAGCAUGUGGACAUGGAUGAUACAGCUACAAGAUUAGAACGUUGUUUAACAAUGAAGAGGCUAAUCUUUAUUGGUAUUGGUAAAACUGUCGGCGUUGGAAUCUAUGUCCUUAUUGGUGAAGCCACAAAGGAUGCAGGUCCAUCUGUCAUCUUGGCAUUUUUUGUUGGCUUUGUGGUAACAUUACUGAAUGGGCUAUGUUUUGCGGAAUAUGCGUCGAAGAAUCCAAGGACAGGGGCACAGUACACCUACAUGUACGAAACAAUUGGAGAGGCUUUUGCUUUUAUCAUUGGAUGGACUUCAGUGAUAGGUUAUACUACAGCAUUCUCUAUGGCUGCCCGCGGGUGGAGUGGCUAUAUCGACUCCUUGUUCAGUCACAGGAUAGAAAACUUUACUCUUUCUCACAUCGCUAACUGGACAUCCCACGGCUCACCAUAUCCAGAAUAUCCAGAUCUCCCAGCUAUAUUUAUCAUUCUGGUUGUCAUGGUAGUUGCAUCUCUUGGCGUCAACUUUGCAUCAAUUGUAAAUUCUCUUCUUACGGCUGUUGCUGCAGGUUUAUUGGUAUUCAUUACAAUUUGUGGAUUUUUCUUUGCAAAUUCAGAUAACUGGUUGAAAAUACCAGGAGGAUUUUUUCCAAAUGGAUUAAACGGUGUUCUUAAGGCUUCAUCCUCUUGCUUUUAUGCAUUUCAAGGUUACGAAAUUCUUGGAAUUUCGGCAGAAGAGACAGUCAGUCCGAAAAAAGAUAUACCACGAUCCAUAGUGCUAGUCUUAGUUAUUGUUACUAUAUUGUAUGUAAGUGUCGCCGUGUCAUUUACUCUUAUGGUGCCUUAUACAGCCGUCAACACAAAUGCGCCUUUCCCAGGUGCGUUUGAAUACAAUUCCGUAAACUGGGCAAAAUACAUUGUUGAAAUUGGACCAAUUCUAGCUCUCACAAAUCUGUGCACUUUGGAGCUGUUUUCACUUCAACGAUUAAUUUUUUCUAUGUCAGAAGAUGGAUUACUUUUCAGAUUUCUUUCACAUGUCAACAAAUACACAAAGGUACCACUGGGACCUAUUUAUAUGUUUGGACCAAUUGUAAUAAUUCUUGUGCUAAGUAUUGACCUAUCAAACCUGAUUGGCUUCAUGGUAACUUAUGCCUUCAUACAAUACUCACUAUUUGCAGCUUACUUGAUCAUUUUACGGUAUACUAAACCUGAAGGAGAAGGGAUUGAUAGAGAACAAACAGAGCUAUCGAAAAAUCUCAAACAAAGUUCAGUUUUAUGCAGUAAUGUAAGAGAUUGCCUUUCGGUGAAAGUUUUAGUAUUAAUUAUUUAUAUAUCAGUGUUUAUACUCUCAUGCCUGGUUGUGAUAAAAGGUGCAUCUAUUGCUCAGCGAAGUCUAGUUGUGAUAUUUUCUGUUGUAAUACUCGGUGGAAUAGUUACAAUAGCUACCAUAUUGAUUUGGUGUGAGGAGCAAAGAGGAGACAGUCGAGGAUUUUUGGUACCAUUAAUGCCAGUGUUGCCUGUACUUACUAUGUUCUUCAACCUGUUAAUGCUUGUGUCUGCAAUUGACAAGGGAUCUCUGGUUGCUUCAGUUGUUCUGGCAGCAGUCGGUGUGAUGGUAUACAUGUUUAUUGUGAUCUAUGAUGUGACGAGGCAAAACAUGACUGGUGCAUCUGACAGUGACACAGUAAAACUUCUACAGGAAGAAGAUACUGAAGAAAAUGAGUCAUCACUCUGAUGAUGGAGAUGAUAAUGAUGAUGAUGUUCUUUGCUUUAUUUUUAGCAUAUCUAUUCCGAGAAUAAGGGAGCUAUCCUACUCACCAUGAUGUCGGUGUCACACCUUUGUCAAGUUUUUUCACCAGUCCAAAUUUUGACAAAGAAUUUCGAUAUAUGGCUUUGAAACUUUCAACACUUGUGUACCAUCACCAUGUCCAGUUUUGGGCAAGAGUAAAUAACAUCAUCAAGGAUUUUCAUCUGAAUUAUUGCCCUUUUUUAACUUACAUAUCAUUGUUAAGUUUUACAUACCAGUUCAUAUUUUCUGUAAACUGUUUGACAUUGACUUUGAAUUUAUUGUAACAGUCUCUAUCUGUAGGCAAGAGUACAUAACUCCUUUAAAUAAUUUGGCUGGAUCAUGGCCCUUUCUGGAAUUGGAAAUUGGUUCAGUUUUCGUACAACUAUUUGACCUGUGGCUUUGAAACUUUGAAAACUUAUAUUCAUCGUCAUGUUCUCCAUCUGUAGUCAAGGGUAAGGAACUAAGUUAAAUUUAUUUGGCUGAAUUUUGCACCUUUUUGGACUUGGAAAUCAGUUAAUUAUUCUUACCAGUCUGUAUUUUGUCUUUUAGUGUUUGACAUAUGGCUUCGAAACUUUGACCACUUGUUUACCAUCAUAGGCUCCAUAUUCGGCAAGACUACAUUACUAAUUUUGGUUAAGUAAUGGCCCAUUUUUAGCUUGACUUUUCGAAGAAAAAGUAGAGCUAUUGCACUUGCCCCGGCGUAGACGUCAUUGGUUAAAGUUUUUGAUAAAGUCAAAUAUCUCUGUUACUAUCAAAGCUAUUGACUUGAAACUUAAAAUAGUUAUUUACUAUCAAAGUCUACACCUGAGGAAAAACAGUCCCCAUAACUAUGUUUUGAAUUUUGACAGAAUUAUGCCCCUUUUUAACUUAGAAAUUUUGGUUAAAGUUUUUGAUAAAGUCAAAUAUUUCUGUUACUAUCAAAGCUGUUGACUUGAAACUUAAAAUACUUAUUUACCAUCAAAAUCUACACCAGGAGAAACAAUCCCCAUAACUCUGAUUUGAAUUUUGACAGAAUUAUGCCCCUUUUUAACUUAGAAUUUUUAAAAAAAAAAUUGAUAAAGUCAAAUAUCUCUGUUACUAUUAAAGCUUUUUAUUUGAAACUCAAAAGAGUUGUUUACAAUCAAAGUCUACACCAGGAGACACAACUCCCAUAACUCUGAUUUGAAUUUUGACAGAAUUAUGCCCCUUUUUAACUUAGUAUUUUUGGUUAAAGAUUUCGAUAAAGUCAAAUAUCUUUGUUACUAUCAAAGCUUUUGACUUGAAACUUAAAAUACUUAUUUACCAUCACAGUCUACACCAGGAGACACAAUCUCCAUAACUCAUGUUUGAAUUUUGACAGAAUUAUGCCCCUUUUUAACUUAGAAUUUUUUGUUAAAAGUCAAAUAUUUCUGUUAUUAUUAAAGCUUUUGACUUGAAACUCUAAAUAG